CUCGGAAAGACGUCACCUUUAAGUUUUCAGAAAAUGGGAAAAUAUCAACUUGGAAGUUGGAAUCAUGCAGCGUGGUUUCAUAUCAUGAGAAAGCGGAUUGCGGAAGAUCUCUGGGCUCUACUUAGUCUGCUCAACUCAAGAUGUCAAAAUGAUGGGGAUUGAGCAGGGAAAUGAUACAAACGUGAUCAGGAUUGAACAAGAAGAGGAUACAAAUAUGAGCAGGAUGUUACAAAAUGAUGAUACAAACAUCAAGAUUGAACAAGUAUAUGAUACAAACAUGAGCAGGAUUGAGCAGGGAGAUGAGACAAAUUUGAUCAAGAUUAAGCAAGAAGAUGAUACCAACAUAAUCAGGAUCAAACAAGAAGAUGAUACAAAUAUGGUCAGGAUUAAACAAGAAGAUAAUACAAAUAUGGUCAGGAUUACACAAGAAGAUGAUACGAUUAGGAUUGAGCAAGGAGAUACUACACAUGUUAUCAGGAUCAAGCAAGAGGAGAAAGAGAAGGACACAAUCCGCAAUGCUUUAGCAGAUGAAGUAUGGAUGAAAGAGAAAGUAGAGGAGGUGAAAGAAAAAAAGUCUGUCAGUUCUGCUGGUAGAGGUCGGAUGUCUGUUGAUGAAGGAGAUUCGGCUACAGAAACACAAUAUUUGAAAGAAAAAGGUACGUCAAUCAACAGUGGUGAUGAGUUUCAUCUUAAGAUACAGUUUGGAGAAAAGUUAGUUCAGAGGAAUGUUCCAGAAUCAAGUAGAGAAGAAGAUAAAUGUUUAAACUGUAAAAAAGAAUUUCCUUGUAAAUGUGAUGGUCAAAAUCAUGUGGAGGAAAGGCCACAUGGGUGUUCUUACUGUUACAAAAGAUUUUCUUUUAAAAGCAGGCUGAACGAUCAUAUCAGGACACACACAGGAGAAAAGCCAUACCAAUGUUCAUUAUGCAAGAAAAGAUUUUCUGCAAAAUUCUCCAUGGACAGGCAUCUGAGAAUACACACAGGAGAAGCCCCAUACCAAUGUUCAGUUUGUGACAAAAGAUUUUCUCAAAAAUCUGCUCUGAACUAUCAUCUCAAGACACACACAGGAGUAAAGUCAUUUAAUUGUUCAUUAUGUCAGAAAAGUUUUUUUCAUAAGGGUGGUUUAACCUUCCAUCUCAGAAUACACAUAGGAGAAAAGCCCUACAAAUGUCUAUUAUGUGAGAAAAGAUAUUCUCAAAAUGGUGAUUUGAACCGUCAUAUCAGGACACACAGAGGAGAAAAGCCCUACAAAUGUUCAUUGUGUGAGAAAAGAUUUUCUGAAAAGAGUGGUCUGAACCGUCAUCUCAGGACACACACAGGAGAAAAGCCAUUUAAAUGUACAUUAUGUGAAAAAAGUUUUCCUUCUAAAGACAAACUGAACCGUCAUAUCAGGAUACACACUGGAGAAAAAUCGUACAAAUGUUUGUUAUGUGAGAUAAGAUUUUCUCAAAAAUCCUCCCUGUACAGGCAUCUCAGAACCCAUACAGGAGAAAAGCCAUACAAAUGUGCAUUAUGUGAGAAAAAAUUUAAUCAUAAGAGUAUGCUGACCCAUCAUCUCGGGAGGCACAUGGGAGAAAAGCCGUAUGAAUGUACAUUAUGUGAGAAAAGAUUUUCUGAAAAAUACACUCUUAACAAUCAUCUCAGAACCCAUACAGAAGAAAAGCCAUUCAAAUGUUCAUUAUGUGAGAAAAGAUAUUCUCAAAAGAGUGAUCUGAACAAACAUAUCAGGGGACACAUACCAGAGAAAAGCUGUACAAAUGUUCAUUAUUUAAGAAAACGUUAAGCCGAAGGUACAAUCUGACCUGUCGUGUCCGAACACACACAGGAGAAACGCCAUAGAAAUGUUUAUUAUGUGAGAAAAUAUUAAUUUUCGUAAGAGAAUGAUCUGAUAUGUCAUCUCAAUACAUACAUUGGAUAUAAGCCAUAUAAAUGUUUCUCAUGCAGUGAGUAGGCAGGUCCUUAAAAAGUGGCUUCUUUCUUCCAAGUGAUAUUCAUGACUAGAAAGGUUUAUUUUUACCUGACAGUUGUUUUAACACUUUAUUUUAGUUUCAACCCAGUUGAUUUUUAAAUCAUAAUGAAGCUGAAGAUUAAUGCUUCAAAGCCUAUCUUUAGUUUUGGUAAAUCUUCCCCAAAGUGCAUUUUGCUAAUAUUGUAAUUCAUUACUAAAUUAUAUCAAUGCAUGCCCAAGACAUUUGAUUUAGUAGAUAAUUUUUCAGAUUUUACUUCAAAAUUUCAUUUUAUCAGGUUCCCGAUCAAGAUUAUAUAUCUGUGUAGAUAUAUAACACGCAUGGAAUGAGCUGAAAAUGAUUGAAAAAUAUACAACUUAAAAUACAAAAGACCCGAAUAGCAGAAUGCUCUCUGUAAUCGUAGUUUUCCCCGAGGUAUUGUAGUCUUUUCAGCUAUUGGGUAAUUGAUCAAUACACAGUGUGUGUCUUCUUGGCAUGAUCUGACCAAUGCAUUCAUGUUUUUUAUGCACACCAGAGGACCGUUUCAUAAAGCUGUUCGUAAAUUAAGAGCGACUUUAAAGAACGACUGGUGAACCUUUCUUACGCGCAUAACCAAAUCGCCUAUGAAUAUACCAUUUACCUAAAGAAAGGAUCACCAGUCAUUCUUAAUGAAACACCCACCUGGUUUCUAUUUCAUACUUGUUCCAUUACAUUUUAUUUGCUAUUUUGUCUAUUUUGUACUUGUCCCAAUACUGUUUAUUUGUCUUGAGCUCUCUACAGACUAGAUUUUGUGCUUUACAAGUCACGUUGCUGUUUAAUUAUUCAAUUUUUACUUUGUUGAUGCUUGUUUUAAGAUUCUUUUCAUUCAUAAUUACCGUAUCCCUUGCUUUAAUUUGCAUAAAUCAGUUUAUUUGAUAAAAUGGUGAUAUGGAUCAGUCAUAGCUAAUAGGCAAAUUUGCUAAUGACUUGUUGUAUAUUGACUUGCAUGACUUCAACGAAUGAAUGCAGAUAUCAAUGUCAUAAUCCUACAAGGGUUGCAUUGAAAUCUGUUUCAAAACACCUUUUCAAUAACUUACAUUAUAAUUGUUUAAUUAACACUUGUCAGUAUUAAUUUUUUAAGUUAACUUCAUGGGAAAGAGGUUUGCAAAUAUGUUUACUUACUCAUGUAGGAUUAUGACAUUGGCAUCUGGAUUCAUUCAUAGAAUUGGAGUCAGUUCCAUAAUUCUUGGCACAACUCAAAAUUUACAUCACUGCAAAAAAUACCUACUGAUUAUCCAAGCGUGAAGAUGUACCACAUAAAUAUGGUAUCACAUUAUUUGGGAGAAGUUACUCUUACCAGCCAUAUAUAAUGAUUAUGCGUUAAUGACACAUAUGUUCUUUAAAUUGGGGAUUUGUGAGGUGUCAAGUAUUUUUUUUACUCUCAUGGUAUAACCGUUGCAUUUAAGAAAUGCACAAAAUGGCAUAUACAGUAACUGUAGUCUUUGGAGUCAGCUUGAGUUUACAAUAUUGAUAUUACAUGUAGAUGUUAGAAUGUGUAUUAUUAAAAUAAGUACUGAUAGACAUGAUGAUAAUGUUGAUGAUGUAACAAUAAUAAUAAUAAUUAUAACAGUUAAACUAUACCUAUGGAACAUCAGAAAAACUUUUGAGGAACAUUAUGAAAAUGUGUUUACUGGGUAAAUGUCUUUGGUCAUAUGGAAUUUUAAAUUUACUUCUUGGUUGAUCAAUGAAUAAAGUUGUCACGUCACAUUCUGACUAAAUAGAAUUGUAAAUUAACUUGUCAUUGAUUGGUAAAGAAAUGACAUCAUAUAAUCUGGUCAUAUGAUUUCAAAUAUAUUCUUUAUUGAUGUAUAUGUAGGUCAAUAAAAUGCGUCGUAUUCAUGUCAUAAUCUUGUCAUAUAAGCACCUGCAUAUAAGAACGCAAAAUAAACUUGUUGAAAGUGGUCAAAAUCACCAAUAUUACUAUUUUUAUGACCAAUUCAUGACAUUGCUACGACCAUGUUUUGACGAAAUAUCAUUGCGCGGACGCUUAAUUUUGGGCUAAUGACCGACCAUGGAGGUAUAAAAAAGGGGAAGGAGUACCAUAGCCAUGUUUGAUGCCGCAGGGAUAACAUAUGUCGGGCAUGUGUUUCAUAGACAAUAUAUUCAUUAGAAACGCACUAGUAUAUAUUGAAAAUAAUGAUAUAAGUUUGAAUAUUUUACCUACAUGUAGGCAUACUCAACCCUUACUUUUUAUCCAAAGGGAAAGCUAUGAAAAGAAUGACUGUCUCUUCAGUCAGCGGCUGGUCCUCAAAAAGUAUGAAUUCAUAUGUAUGUAUAGUGAUAUUCAUGACUAGAAAGGUUUUACAUAUUUAAUGAGCUGGGUGCGGACCAGAACACCUCGUUUAAUUCGGUAAUUUCUGCUCAUAAUAUUUGCUAUAUUUCAUAAAUUUGGUAUCAUUGUAAA